AAGAUAGAGAUUUAUGACUCACAAAGAAACUUCUGUGGAGGAUAUAACGCUACCAUUGAUCAGUUCUUCACAUUAGCAGAGACUUCCUCAUUGUAUCCAAAUGUACAGUAUCCUUUCUUUCAUGCCCAGACAGUUCACUGUGUAGCUGUGUUCGCUUUGUUAGCUUCCUGGGUAGCUUUUAAGCUUCAAACCAUUGACAGUAAAAUAAAUGGACAGAGCCACUCCAUAGGACUUAGACAUAAGUGAAGCCAAUUUGAACAGACAGUGGUUCCUAAUCUUUUUUGGCAGGUGACCCUAUUGUGAUGUCACAAAACAUUGCCGCUGGCGCAUCGGGGUCCAGUACACCCUGUUGGGACUUAUUUUCCCAAUAAUGACUGGCAUUCUAUACAUUAUCCCUUACAUGUUGUGCAUCUUUGCUGUAUCAUCCAGUCGAUAUCGGUACUUUAAUUUUCCACAAAUGUUCUAGCAAUUUAUUCAUAUAUUUGGCUAACUUUGCUACCUGGUUGUUUUGCUACUUUGUUUGAACGUUGAUCAAGCAUGAUUAAGGCCAUCAAAGAUCUCAUACAGGCUGUUUAUGUUUUAGCUUGAUUGUAACGAAGGACCAGAUUUUUUUUCUUAACUUGGAUACCAUGGGGUUUUUAAUAUUUUGUAUAUUAAUGUAUGUAUAAUUUGUAUGUCAUGUACUGGUCAUUUGUAAGAUACCCAGUAUCUUAGCCGACCCCAAUUGAAUUUCAGACGACCCCAAGGUUGGGAAACGAUGGUCUAGAAGGUGUCGCGCAUCCUUGGUGUCAGUCAGCCGUUAAGCAACGGACUGAAACACAGACACUGAAGACCAAGAGCUGGACAUAAUGGAAAUCAAUAAAGGAAAGUUGCAUUUUUUUAUGUUCGAAGAUGAAAUUCACAGCAUUACUGAAAUCAAUGAAGGAUUGAAUCUGUUUGAUGGAGACAUAGUGGAGAGCAAUUCGAGGAGCUCUAUUUUGAGGGAGGACACCAGAUGGGCCAGCUCUGUCCCCUAUCUGCUGGGAGAUACUCUUGAUUUACAUUCCAAAGGCAUCAUUCUGAGGGCCUUUGAACAGUUUGGUCUGAAAUCGUGCAUCAACUUUACCCCAUGGCAAAAUGAGGAUUACUUCAUCAAACUCCAGAAAUUUGGAGGGUGUUACUCUAAUGUGGGUAAAGUUUCUCCAGGAGGACAGACUGUUUCCAUUGGGCAUGGCUGUGCAGUAGUUCAUAUUGUGGAACAUGAGCUUCUUCAUGCCCUGGGCUUCCAUCAUGAGCAGUCCAGAUACGAUAGAGAUGACCAUGUCACAAUAAUCUGGGAGAACGUCAAAGAAGGGUUUGAGCACAAUUUCAAUAAAGUCAGUGAGGAUUCCUCUAGCCUUCUCAGUACUUCAUAUGACUACACAUCUGUCAUGCACUAUAGUGCAGAUGCCUUGACUAAUGGAAACGGAUUCACCAUCAUCACAAAGCAACCAGAGUUUCAAGAUGUGAUUGGCAAAAGUAUAGAAAUGAGCUCAACAGACACACUGGAACUCAACAGGCUUUAUCACUGCAAAGCAUCUGUCUCCUUCCUGGACCACUGCAGCUUCGAUGAUGACAGCAUGUGUGGAAUGAGCGUCUGCUCCAAGAGUUCAGUUCGAUGGGAGAGAGUGAGACGAGCUGACGGAGGACCCCGCUCUGACCGCACCUACCUGGGCACUUCCUCUAAGGGUAACGACUUCUUCAUGCACUUCAGCACCAUGACAGGGGAAAAAGGGGAUUCAGCCAGACUGAGCACUAGGAGGAUGACUCCUGGUAGAUCAUGCCAGGUCCAGUGCCUUCAGUUCUACUACUACUACAGCGGGAGUAAAACGGACCUGCUCAACAUCUAUAUCAGAGAGUUUGACAGCGCGGAGGACGCAGAAGGAACACACAGACUCAUGGGUCAGAUCACAGGUUCUCCGGCGGAUAAUUGGCAGCUCCACCAUGUUCCCCUGAAUGCUUCUAAGACCUUCCAGGUGGAGUUUGAGGCCUACAAAGGAACAGGCGAGUCCAUCGGUGGCUUCUCUGUGGACGACAUCAACCUGUCAGAGACUGAAUGCCCCCAUGAAACAUGGCAGAUCAGUAACUUUGAAGAGUUUUUGAACAACAAUCAGACCUUUCUUUUCAGCCCAAGGUACUACUCAACAGACAGCUAUGGCUUUCAGAUCAUUCUCGUGCGGAGUCCAAGAGCUAUAAGCCUGUUUAUACGGCUUGUGUCUGGAGACUAUGAUGACAAACUGGAGUGGCCACUGGCGUGGAGGCAGAUUACGUUUCUGAUGCUGGACCAGAAUCCUCACAUGCAGCUGCGCAUGUCCCAGCAGAGGAGCUUAACCACAGACCCAACAGUGAUGAACAAUAAUGGGGAUUUCUAUUGGGGAAACCCUCGAGAGGUUGGAUCUCUAUUCGAAGAGGGCGGUGAGACCUUUUUUGCUUCCAAUCUUUAUGGAAUACGAAUUUUCAUGACCAUGGAAGACCUUCGGAAGAGAGACUUCCUGAAAGGAGGCGAUGCCAUCUUCUCCUUCACCAUGCAAGAUCUAAGACCUCUGCUUACAAUCAACUCUCUGCCCUGUGCCAGAAUUCCUCAGCAGAACUUUACUGCAGUUCCUGGAGAGAGUGCUGAUGAUGGUGCAUGUUCAGGUGUCACCUCUACAACUAUCGCUACCCCAACUACAACCACACCAAGCUCUUGUGUCAGCAUUUUGUGCAGCUUCUCCCCUAAGAUGGUGUGCUCACCGCUGAUCCUGCUCAUCACUUUGUACUUGUUGUUGAAUGACUGAUUACCAGGGCUGGCGUCUGCAUUACUGAUACAUUCUAAAUGUUUAUGCUAAGAGGUUGGCACACCACCAUACAUACUCAUGGUGAUUCUGGUAUUCUGGGAAAGCAGUUGAAAUGAAAUCCUUCAAUGAAAACUAAAUAUAUUGGCUAGUUGCAUUUUUUCAACGGUUAACACAUUGUGGGCCUUAUUAUCGUAGUCUAAAACGCAUAGUCACUGGCGAAAACCUUAUUUAAAUUUAGUGGGAUGUCCAGUUCGCAUCGGAAGUGUUUUUGUUAUCAAACGUCGGGCGGAUGGUGCAACAAGGCGUUACUAAGUUUCUUAAUUAGUCGUGUGUUUUGGGCUUAACAUAAACCAAGGGGAAUGACAUCUGGCAUUCCCUUUUCCCAUCCGGUAUUUACCUAGCAGAGCCUGUACACGCAUUUGCACUCGUCUAUUAUUUGAAAUCAUUGUCAAAGUGAAACUAACUUCACCGUGGUGUCAGUCAACAACAAAACAGUUAUACACAGUUCAUUACUUUCACUAUUGACUGACAAUGGGUUACCAUCGUAAACAUAGUCUGGAAAAAGCAACGCUUACCCCAAUAAUGUUCGAAUGACUUAAUAAAAAAACAUUUAUCCCGAGUUGCUGCUUACAUCUUGUGACAGUGCAUCUUCAGCUGUGCUUCAAAUUUGCCUCUCGCACCUCGCCUAAUCACUUUUAUCCGUGAUUGAGUUGGGCUCACCUACUAUAAAUGCACUCAGUGAAUUCAGUCUCCCUGCUGAAAGUUACAUCUCUGGUCUCAUCACCAAGUGCAACUCCUCCACCUGUCAGUUGGACCCUGUUCCGACAAGCCUAGUCAAGAUGUGCCUACCAUCCAUCAUCUCAAUGAUAACAUCAAUAAUUAACACCUCGCUCAUCACUGGUCAAAUCCCUCCUUCAUUGAAGACUGCUAUUGUCAAACCAACCCUGAAAAAACCUGGGCUGAACCAUGAUGACCUCAACAACUACCGACCCAUCUCCAAUUUACCAUUCAUUUAAAAAAUUAUGGAGAGGGUGGUGGCAUCUCAACUCCAGGAUCAUUUGAAGGACAAUGAUCUGUUUGAGCCAUUUCAGUCUGGAUUUCGACCAAAGCACAGCACAUAGACUGCCUUGGUGAAGGUAACAAAUGACCUCCUCUGCACAGCUGAUGCUGGACUCAUUUCCAUCCUAAUCCUCCUUGACCUGAGUGCAGCUUUUGACACCAUAUCCCAUCAGCUGCUUCUGGAGCGUCUUACCAG